AUGCUUACAAUUGUCCAUCAUGAAAAUGUGGUAAUAAAAAGGCGCCAAAGAGAUUAUAAAUUUUUUUUCCUCGCAUUACCCCAGCUCAUCGCCACCCCAUCACCGCACCACAAACGACAUCAUUUUAAACCAUCUCCAAAGAGACACACAAAAAACGAUGGCGAGAGCGAAGAAAGGAAAAAUGGAAAAGCCAGCAAAAAACAUACCUCAAAUAAAAAUACUUGA